GUUCGAUUGCCCGAAGCUGUACGAGCACAAUGCUGAGCGAAGUUCCUCCAUCAAGCCCAGUAGCCGCUGCUGGACGAGCACGUACGUAGCGUCCUCAUUCUCCUCAUCUUGCCAGCCACAGCUGGUAUGAGCAGACAGACGCUCUCGCCUUCGUAGAUGAACAAGUUCCACGGACGAGGGCAAGCGCGAGUACUUUCCGCUUCCGGCGGCCGCGAAGUUUGUUCCCGCUGAACUUCAGCAUCAUGAAGACCCUGUGUAUGCACCUUUUUAACUACUCGUGCAAUUACCACCACAACACUUAGCAGCAGGUAGGUAUUCCCGUUGGCAUCGAACUUCCAGCAUACCCCUUUCCAGGCAUAUACGUUACCCAUCCUUCCCAGGAUUGAAGAUUCAGCCCGAUCGCUAUGAACCAUCGCUAGCCCAAUAUGAACUUCUUUGGCAACCGUGCCGCUUCCGGCAACGGCAAUGCGAAACAACCAGCCAUCAGGAAGGUCACGACGCAGGUAGCCGUCAAGCCUGGCCGGGCUGUGGGUGCCUCGAGUACUGCUCCAGCCUCUCCUGCGCCGGCCUCUCUACCCGCUCGCUCCCGCAAUACCGAACGCUUCAAGCUUUCAGGCAGCAGGAAGCAGAAGCAGACCAGCACCCUACGGCACAAAGCGUUGGACUCGUCGUCGAGAGGCGUGAAGCGGAAGAGCGCUACACCUGAUGUGCAGUUUAGCGACGAAGAGCAGGAUGACAGUAGCGACAUCGGAACCAGUGAUUCUGAUGCCUCGCGGAAACGGCCGAAGAGCAGCGUGAGCUCGGUAGAGACCUUGAGUGCUUCGCGAAGAUGCAUCGUCCCCAAAGCUGCAUUCCGGAACGGCGCGCCUCUAAGCUUCAUCCACGGCGCCCACCUCACCUCGGGCGAAUACCGGCGCAAGUAUGUGAACCCUUGGGAACAACCCGAUUUCUCCACUGUCGAGCUACAAUACCCUAGUAAGAGGCAACGGGAAAGCUUCGAGCUGAAGUGGCCAUUGAACGAGAACGAUGACUACAGGCCCAUGGAAGACAUUCGUGACACGAUCGAGACCAUCGUCAAGUUCUACUACCCUGAAGAUCUGGUGAGGAAGUACACCGAGAUCGAGCACUCCUACGCCCGUCGCUUUGCACGGGCGUUCCAGUUACAAAGCAUCCAAGACUGGAUCAAGAUUGUCCAAGACUUCAACCACGAGCUCCGUCGGCUGAUCAACGAUGGUUCAAUCGAACGUGAGCUCCAGGCUAAGCGAGGGUUACAUCUGGAGUGGAUCCAACGCAUCCUCGAUCAAGUCUUCGUCCGGACCGUCUCACCCACGGCCGAAAGCCUCAAUAAGUACAAAUCCGGCAGCGACAACGUGUAUGGCGAGCUCCUUCCACCGUUCGUUUCGGAGAUCUUCCGCAAAGUAGGUCUGACGCACGACCACGUGUUCGUCGACCUGGGCUCCGGUGUAGGCAACGUCGUCCUGCAAGCCGCGCUUGAGAUCGGUUGCGAAAGCUGGGGCAUCGAGAUGAUGCACAACCCAUGCGAGCUUGCGGAUGCGCAAGCCGCGGAGUUCGCCUCGCGAACACAGCUAUGGGGCUUGGAUGUUGGCGAGGUCAACUUUCUCCGGGGCGACAUGACGAAGCACUCGGCCGUACCGGGACUGCUGCAGCGCGCGGACGUCGUGCUGGUGAACAAUCAAGCCUUCACCCCGGAGCUGAACGACAAACUCAAGAACAUGUUCCUGGACCUGAAGGAAGGCGCGCGGAUUGUCAGCUUGAAGCCCUUCGUCCCGAUCGGCCACAAGAUGGCAGUCAGGAAUGUCGAGGACGUGGCGAACCAGUUUGUGCAGAAGCAGGAUGAGUACUUCUCCAACUCCGUCAGCUGGUCGCAUUAUGGGAACAAUCAUUGGUAUAUCGCCACCAAGGACACCAGACCUCUGCGAGCUUUUAGGAAGAAGGCGGGGCUGGGUUAAAUGAGUGUUACUUGCCGUUGGUGCCUCGCUCAAGCUGGCUUGGGUUCGUGCUUGCUGGUCGGUAUCGUUCGCUUGCAUACAAUGGCUCGGGUGGCAUUAGUUGCAUGAUACCCCCUCUGUACGUUUUAAAACCCUAGCAGGGAAAUUCUUGCCGAGUGGCAUUAUGUGUUCACUACAUACUGUUCCUGGAGCAGUAUCUACAUCUGUGCG